ACGAGAAGCCUCCGGAUCCGCCGCUUCCAUCGCCGGCGUCACCAUGGGAGCUGUGCUGGGCGUCUGCUCCCUGGCCAGCUGGGUUCCAUGCCUUUGUGGUGGUGCAUCGUGUUUGCUAUGCGGUUGCUGUCCCAACAGUAAGAAUUCCACUGUGACUCGCCUCAUUUAUGCUUCUAUUCUCAUCCUGGGCACUAUUGUAUCCUGCAUCAUGCAAACGGAAGGGGUAAAAAAUCAGCUGAAGAAGAUUCCUGGAUUCUGUGAAGGGGGAUUUAAAAUCAAGGUGGCCGAUAUAAAGGCUGAUACAGAUUGUAAUGUGCAGGUCGGUUUCAAAGCUGUAUAUCGGAUCAGCUUUGCCUUGGCCAUCUUUUUCUUUGCCUUUUGUCUACUCAUGUUAAAAGUAAAAACAAGUAAAGAUCCCAGAGCAGCAAUACACAAUGGGUUUUGGUUCUUCAAAAUUGCUGCCAUUGUUGGUAUCAUGGUUGGAUCUUUCUACAUUCCUGGGGGUUAUUUCACCACAGUCUGGUUUGGUAUUGGCAUGCUUGGGGCCUCUAUCUUCAUUCUUAUCCAGCUGGUGCUGUUGGUAGACAUGGCUCACUCUGUGAAUGAAUCAUGGGUAAAUCGAAUGGAAGAAGGAAACCCAAGGUGCUGGUAUGCUGUUUUACUAUCUGUCACAAGCAUCCUGUAUAUCUCUUCAAUCCUCUUUGUCAGUUUACUCUACAUAUACUACACCAAACCAGAUGGCUGCACAGAGAACAAGUUCUUUAUCAGUAUUAAUCUGAUCCUUUGUGUUGUGGUUUCUAUUAUAUCCAUUCAUCCAAAAAUUCAGGAACACCAUCCUCGUUCUGGCCUCCUGCAGUCCUCCAUCAUCACACUCUACACCGUAUACCUUACAUGGUCAGCCCUGACCAAUGAGCCUGAUCAUUCCUGCAACCCAAGCCUAUGGAGCAUCAUUACACACCUGACUGCACCAACCUUGGCUCCUGCAAAUUCAACUGCUCUGGUCCCUACCUCUGCUCCACCAACGCAGAAUGGGCAUCUUCUGGAGAGUGGGAAUUUUAUUGGGCUGUUAACCUUAGUUUUCUGCCUUGUGUAUUCUAGCUUCCGCACGUCUACCAAUAGCCAGGUAAGUAAGCUGACCCUGUCAGGAAGUGAAAGUGUGAUCCUCCGUGAAACAUCUACCAAUGGUGCCAGCGACGAAGAAGAGGGACAGCCUCGGCGGGCUAUGGACAACGAGAAAGAGGGAGUUCAGUACAGCUACACUAUGUUCCACUUGAUGCUCUGCCUGGCUUCCUUGUACAUCAUGAUGACCGUGACGGGCUGGUACAGCCCUGAUGCAGAGUUCCAGAAUGUUACCAGCAAUUGGUCAGCUGUGUGGGUCAAGAUCAGCUCCAGCUGGGUCUGCCUCUUCCUCUACGCCUGGUCCCUUGUGGCUCCAGUUGUCCUCACCAAUCGAGACUUCAGCUGAACCUCUGAGUGCCAGGGACACCACAUAAAGGUUCCCUUUGCUGAAAGCCCUUGUACUUUUGCUUUAACUAAAAUAUUAAGUGAAUGCUUUGCGAAGUUGACUAUAUCCAAGUGUAUAUCCCAAGGCAAGAUUGAAUUAUGAUUGAUACAGGAUCUGAAUUUUUUAUUUACAUGUACAUUGUUUAUUUUUAAGGAUAUAGUACAAAGGGAGCAUUUUUGCCUUGUAAAGUGAACUACAGCUGUGCUGUGAAGAGAGUUCUUUAUUAAGACCUGUAGGUUCCUACAACUUUGAUUUAAAAUAGAAAAUAGAAAAAUAUUGGAUAUUUGAGGCCAUCGUUAAUAUAUUUCUAUUGCAGUAUCCUUAAGGAGCAGGGAAAAAAAGUAAUAAUGUAUUUCUAUGACAGUUUUCCUCUGUGAAAGUCUUUACUUGUUGAUACAAGCAUUCUGUUCAGUCCGUAAACUCUUAAGAGGUAUAGCAUCAUAGUAAUUGGGCGAAGGAGUAUGUGUGUGGGUCCUUCCCCAGAAGAGGGGUUGCUGAUAGGGCUACUGCUUCUGCAUCUUGAGACUUCAUUUUUUUUAUACUACAGCAUUGACACUGCUCGAUUCAAGUAUGUGGCUUUGCCAGAACAUUAAUUUCAAUAAAUGCUUUGUAGGUUUGGUUAAAAUGAGGACUCAUUUAGGAAAAAACUGCAACUUUAGUCUAUGUAAUUAUUUUGUUAUGAGUAUGUAAAAGUAACAUGCAUGUGAAUUUACUAUAUUUGCACUAUAAGGUAUUUGAUUAAAAUAGACUUACGCUUUUAA